AUGCUGCUUGGCGUACUGAUGCAGAUCACGCUGGUGAAACGGAAGGAGGAGGAGGGUCUAUCAAAGGAGGCGAAGGAGGAGGUGAGUGCGAAGGUGGAGGACGAGGGUGCAGUGCCUCCAGCCUGCGACGGCGGUUGGUGGGGUGGCUGUGGCUGCCAUCACCACCACCACCACCACCACCACCACCACCACCACCACCACCACCACCACCACCACCACCACCACCACCACCACCACCACCACCACCACCACCACCACCACCGGUGUUGUUGGCUCACUGUUGCCAUCAUCAUGUCUGAGGCUGGUAAACACGCAUAAUCCGCAAUUUCCUGCUAGCCAAUAAGGAGGUUGCGUCUUGCUUGUGCCUUGUCUACUUGAACUACAGGCCAAAUAAGAGAACUCAAAAAACUGACUGCAUCUGAGAUGGCAGGUUUUGAACCGGAACGGAAGGAGAAGUAGGAUCAGUCGAAGGUGGUACAAGGGGAGGUGAGCGCGAAGGAGGACGAGGCUGUAGUGUCUCCAGCCUGCGGCGGUUAAUGUGGUGGCUCUGACUGUCAUCACCAUCAUCACCACUCUUGUCACCAUCAUAGGUGGGGGCUGUGGCUGGGGUUGGGGCUGGUAAACACACAUAAUCCGCCAUGUACUGCUAACCAAUAGAGGUCAGAGCUUAUUCGUGACUUGUCUACUUAAGACAAGGACAAAGCCUGUCAAGCCAGUGAACUGAUUAAUUUUCAACAAAAACUCAUUUGCUUAUGUGGAUCAGGAUGAGAGCGACGCAGCGACUCAGUCGACCGUCAUUUUCCCGUUCCCAUAGCAACGGUGACGGCUUCGGUUGUAGUUGAGGCUGGUAGCCACGAAUAAUUCACCGAGUUCGCUCUAGGAAUAAAAAAAACAUUUUUCUCUCCCUGUGACUUGCUCGCGCCAGAAAUGUGUAGUGUAGUCGAGGCGACUGUUUUUUGCGACUGGAGCCCGCAGAAGUGUAUCACCGUGGGCAAAUAUGUGUUCACCAAUCGAAUCAUUCUUUCGAUAUCUGUAGCCAUUUGUCUACUGCCUGCAAGCAGCCAUUAGUCGUAUGUUACCAGUGGACGAUAAGUGAUGCUGAUGGCACCGCAAUUCCUGCUGGAUGCCGUAGUGUUGCUCCUUCAUAAUCGGCAAAAUCUCCAUAAAGUCGUGCAAAAUAAAGGAACAGUAGAUUUUGUGGCAAACCCCUGCUGUCAUGCACUCUCUAGGUUAUUACUUCAAUCCGGUUUGCUUUCUUUCUGUAGUUAGAAGACGAGGUUCUCAUUAAGCGAUAAUUUAAACUUAAUGAGCUAAGAAACUCUGACAUAGUUUGGAUUUGUUUGUGGACUUAAAAAAUUAAUAAAAUACAGUCUUGACGUGAUAAAACCAAAGUAUCUUGCAUAGAAAAGUCUAACACGUUUUGCAGGACUGAAUUUUUGGCGCUUUAAUGGCCUGUUCGGACAAAAAGGAUAGGAAAAUCAAGAGCACUGCUUUGUCGAUUGUUUGUCUAGUUUAACUUAUUAUAAAAAGCCAACCUAAACUUUCAAAGCGCACAGUUUAUUUGCGUAUACAAGGUUUGACAUUUCAGGUAGUCGUAAUUUUCAGUCCAUUUAUGGCAUUACAAGACACUUAAGUAAGAUUUAGCUCGACAGUUUUGCUCUUGAAAGUCCUCUUGCAGAUCGCCCUGUCGAAAGAGAGUACCAAGGAGGCGUCAAGGGAGGAGAAGUAGACAGAUAGUUCAAAGUGAGCGUAUGGACAGGUCAGUGCGAAGGAGGACGUUUAAGGUCAUCUGCAAAGAGCGCAAUGUCCGUUUCAACCUCCCGUACUAGAUGAUGAGUGGGAGCGGUCCAAGAACUGACCCUUGUGAGACUUCACUUGUAGCAGGCACUCAUUCUGCGAAGUAGCCACCCGAAGUACCAUUUUUGCCAAGACCGUUUAAGAAAUCUUGAAUUCAGUCCAGGAGAUAUCCCCCUAUCCCCAAAUCUGACAACUUUGAAUUAUGCGCUUAUGUGGAACGCAAUAAAACUCAUUGCUGUAGUCAAAGUAAAUGACAUCUUCUGGAGGUUCUUCAUCCACGGCCUUUGACCAAAGUUCGAGUGACGUAAGCAGGUUUGUGAGGCAGGAACUCAUUUCCCAGAAGCCAUGUUAAACUGCCCUGAUGGGGCAGCGGAAUGUAUCGAGUGAUGUAAUUGAUUUUUUUUAACUAUCUCUACCAUCAGCUUGCAGCAAAUACAUGUCAGAUAUUCCGGCUAGUAGUUGGUGGGAUAUAGACAGGAGCCUCUCUUAUGGGUGGUUACGACGUUGCAGGCAAAAACUGGGAGGACCUAGCAAGUGGCAAUUGGCUGGAUCGACAGUGCAGGGGUCCCCACUCGAGCAAUCAAUCUUUGAAUACCAGUUGGCGGCCGUUAAGCCGAGCGAUGUUCCACCCCGACUGUACCCCCCUAAGUUACGUCAAACACGGUCGCUUAUACUUUCCACUCUACGAGAAAAUACAAUAUUCCAUCCACAGUUAACGAAGCGCUGCUAGUAUAUCGAAUAGUCGGCAAAAUAGCAAAUGGACCAAUUUGAAGUAUAUUACACUUUUGUUGAAGUGUUUCCCUCCACUUAAGCGACCUUGCUUAGAUCAGCUGAGUUGUCCUCAGUAGUGUAAAGUGUGAUUGACUCGUUAGUAAUUUGCGUUUGAGCCCAAAUAAGUUGUCAGAUGUUGGGCGGGGUCGGCCCUGGGUUUGUUUACUUGAUUGCUUGUCUAGGCAGAAGUAACAAAACGAGUCGUCCUUUUUGUAAGGUAAGUUAUGUGCGCAUGUCAAUGAGUGUUCACGAAUCGCACUGAUCGACUGGGUAUAAAAAGGAGAACAGAUUGGGUGGCUGCAUCGUCAAACCAAACAGGACAUCACAAGCCAUCGCAAUGAAACCAUUCCUAGCAAUUCUGCUCCUCGGCGUGCUGGUGCAGGUCGCCCUGGCGAAAUCGAAGAAGGAGGAGGAUGAGGAUCUGUCAAAGGAUGCGAAGGGGGAGGUCGUCGCGAAGGAGGACGAGGGUGCUGUGUCUCCAGCAUGCGGCGGCGGUUGGUGGGGUGGCUGUGGCUGUCAUCACCACCACGGAUGCUGUUGGCGUCGCUGCUGCCACCAUCACCACCAUUGUUGCCACCAUCAUGGUUGGGGUUGGGGUUGGUAAACACGCAUAAUAUGCCAUUUCCUAAUGACCAAUAAACAUAUUGCCGCUUAUUUUUUGACUAGUCUUCUUGAUUGCCUAAGCCGGGGACGAAGCCUUUGAAGCCAGUGAACUGAUUAAUUUUGAUCGGCAACUCAUGUGGUCAUGAGCACUAGGAUAAGGACAAUGUUACGACCCACUCGACCGUAUUUUUUCUAUUCCCAUAGCAACGUUAACGGCUGGUGUUGGGACUGGUAGACACGCAUAAUUCCCUCAACUCUCAUUAAGGAUAAAAACAUCUUCGACGAGGUUUGGUCUUACAGCCCCACUUAAAUGAUAUCGUAUGGUUAGCUUUCUAAAAAGGUUUUGGUGAAUACGAAUACGCCGACUUUACAAACAUCACGUGCUUGCAGCUUCCUAACCAUUUUAAUCCAGCGAGUGGCUCUGCCACUAGGGGGAGAGGAGUGUUUAUACGCCAUCCUCGCUUACAUCACUUCACAGUUCACAUUCUCUUCUCUCCACGUUCCACUAAAAGGCACUCCAUCCUACGCACUGGCAAAGUGGCUGUUUCGACGUCUCAAGUUUCCGACCUCCGAUUCGAACACCACAAUCAGCUCGUCAACACAAUUGUAAGAGCAACUUAAAGGAGUUGCUCUCCUGCCUAGCGAUGUCAUGGUAUUAUUUUUUACUUCUAUUCCGCAGGACCUGGCAGUCGAGACCAUCGAAAUACUCAUGCGAGACAAAUACAAUGAAACGGAGAAUCACCUCAGACACAUCCAAUUCAUCUACCUCCUGUAG